UGUAUACGAAAUAUACUCUUUGACGUGUAAGAUAAACUUUUGGUAACGUCCACAAUGCUGCUACAUGUAGUGAUGUUAGCCAUUAUAUUGGGGCACAUUGAAGCCACAGAAAGCUGUCCCCUUACCUCUGAAGCCUGGGAGGAGAGUUCCCGUGCACUCCGAUGUCAGGCGCCCAAUCAUUACCACUGUCUGAGAAACGAAAAAGACCAACUGACGCAAGAAUGCCUUCCAAGAGUGUGGAUUCAAACGGGGAUGUGCCCCUUGUUUAACAGUGAAGCUGGAAGAAUGGAUGUUCAACCAUGCGUGCCUUCAAGCAAAAAUUGCCCUCCUUUUACUUACUGGUCAAAUGUACUCUACUUAUAUCCUGGCUGUUUUGAAAAAGAAGAAAAAAACACGUCCACUCAAAAUGUCCAGCAGGAAGACGGGUUUGACGAUUCCAGUAAUUCAUCAUCGGAAUUGUCGCUCUAUGUCAUCGUCAGUAUUGCUGUAAUUGUUCUGCUUGUUCUUGUCGGAAGUGUGUUUUUGGUAAUUGUUUUAAAACGUCGAAACGUAAAUCAAGGACAUUCACCAGUAGCUUUACAGAACGAACGAACUGACAACUUAGAAAGCGCCACAGAACAAACAGAAACGUUUUUGGGCACAUACACACAUUCGAACAAUAUUGCAACUGAGAGCACAAGAACACCAAAACCCAAUAUUAAAGAGAGAAAACAGACUGAAGACUUUGAAACGCUUUUGGGCACAUACACACAUUCGAACAAUAUUGCAACUGAGAGCACAAGAACACCAAAACCCAAUAUUAAAGAGAGAAAACAGACUGAAGAUUUUGUUCCUUUGAAUCAUGACGAAUACUACCUACCUGAUGAGAGGAAAAAAAUAUACCGUCAGGGAAGAAAUGAAAUUCAAGAGGAGUGUAUUAGUCGCUUGAGAUCAUGUGAAGAUACGACAAAUUUUGGAGUGAUGUCGUUUACAAGUGAAAAGAAAGGCAAAAUUCUAGUGCUACUUUUAGUUAAAUAUAGGGAUGUGGGUCAAGAAAAAAUCUCUGAAACGAUACAAGAAGUCUUUAAUACAUAUCCUGUAUACGAAAAUACUUUGGAAAAAUGGAAAACAAAGGCAAAUGAGAAACUUUAUGUAUUUCUGGAUUUAUUUUCCCCUGACUCACAGAGGGCUGACAUGACUAAUAUCAAAAGACUGCUGUCAGAGGUAGUCUAUGAUGCCAAGAAUAACGGUACAAAGUUUGUUCUGGAAAUACCCAGUUUUAUAUAUAAAGCUAACCGAACAUUCUUCAGUGAGGCAGCAAAAGAUCCGUGUUUUAAAGUAAAGCAUCUUACUUAGGCUUAUAUAACUUUGUGUAAAUUGAGUGAUAAGUCAAUUUCAAAA